GAGCAGCUUGAUCUGUAUCUCAACAACAAGACCGGCCGUCUAGCAACGUCAGGAGCCAGUUCUGGCCUGCUGUCACUGCCGCAACUUGCGUCAACGCUUUACACGAGCGGUACAGCCCUCCAGACCAACUUCGUAGGCCCCGCCGAACAGUACGCCCUCAUUGCGAGGGGUCUCGCAACCGGCGAGGUCGCGCAGGAGCUGAUCAUCGAGGGAGGCAUCUCGCCCCAGUUCUCCAACGACUCGACGCUCUUAUUCAGGGCCUCCACUCCGGGCAACUUCAUCUCCGUGCUCGGCGUCCUGCAGCAUCCGUUCUCGCGUGGAUCAGUGCACAUUCGCUCCCGUGAUGCGACGAUGCAUCCCGAGGUCGACCCGCGCUAUCUCUCGCACCCCGCCGAUCUCCAGCUUCUCAAGAUUAUUGCCCUGCACCUCCAGGCCGUGGCGAAGACGCCGCCGCUGAGCGCGCUGCUGCAGGGAGGCGGCACGGUGUACCAGCCGGGCUACCACCGGCUCACGGCCGAAAAUGUGGAGAGAUGGAUCCGCGCCGCGGCGCAGAGCGAGUACCAUCCGUGCGGGACCGCGGCGAUGCUGCCUAGGGCCAAGGGCGGCGUGGUGGAUGAGCGGUUCCGGGUGUACGGAGUUAGCAACCUGCGUGUCGUCGACGCGAGCGUGUUCCCGCUGAUCCCUCGAGCAAAUACGCAGAGCCUGGUGUACGCUAUUGCUGAGAGGGCGGCAGAGUUCAUCAAGCGGGCUGCUUAG